UCUACGCUCUACUGCCCUGCUCGUAUCAAUGGCCGCCCACGACGCAUCGUCGCUCCGCGAUCUCAAGAACCACAUCAUCGGCAGCACCCAGAACAAGAUCGCGCUCGCCCAAGACUCCCGCCAGCUCGAUCGUCUUCUAGCCGUCUUACACCCCACCAGCGAACCUGCACUCCUCAAAGAAGCUGUCGCCGUGGUUGCUUCUGUUGCGAAUGCCCCAUCCACAACCAUUCCUCUGGCGCUCCUCAAUGUCCCAGCUCGCAUGCUGCUACUGACGCGCGAGAUCAUCGCCCAGCCAAGUCACCAGCAUACCUUUCGAGAAGCACUUCCGCAUAUAUCCAGAUCACUGCGGAACACAAUCGUUUCCGUAGCAGACGUUCUGUGGGGCGAUCUAUGGGGGGCCGGCCCAGAAGGCGAGAUCGUUAGCACUGGUCUGGAAACGGAUGACGCCCUCCAAUCCGUAGACGACCACAUAUAUAGUGAUAUUAUCAGCAGCUGUCUACAGAAUGUUCUAGAGUCGGCCCACGCGCACAUCCUUCUAUCGCUCCUGCGUCACCACGAUCCACAGGUCUCGCUGCCUGUUUACCAUAUACUGACUCGACUUUCGGCCUUCCCGUCGCAUCGUCAACGUAUAUUGUCUUGGACGACGUCCCUCUGCGACAGCUCUUUCCCGGCGCUUGGUACCACCCCUUCGGCACCAGACGAUUACCCAUUCAGGUCACUCGUGGUAGGACAUGUAAUAUCUACUAUUGAGAGACAUCGGAAAUACGGGUCCUCUCAAUCCAUGGACUUGAAGGUGAAAGAAGCGUCUCUGGAACUGUUGGCUGCUUUGGUACAAGGGGAAACUAAGCUUGCAACCCUCAUUCGCGGUCAUCCCGGCUUCGCGUCAGCCCUGCACACAGAUCGCAAUCAUGUGAUGGAAUCGACGAGUAAUCUUUUCAUACAGCAUUUGAUUGCCCUGGUACAUUCUAGCCGGAGAAGCUUGCGCUUGGCAGCUUUGUCUUGGUCAGUUCCCAGGUGUUAUUACUACGAGACGUUGCUGAGUAUCCUGGAUUGUAGCCUCAUAUCACUCAUCAGGUCGGGACCGGAUGGGAAUGUAGGAUCGCCAGAAGCCCAUGCAGUGACUCAACAUCUUGUGGCGGACAUUGGAAAAUUGCUACUUUCAGACGAUCUGGAAGAGAGAAUCAAGUUAAACUUCCUUCUCGCCAUGCUGGUAGCAGACGACCCUUUAGCGCAAGCAUCUGCUUUCGAGGCCAAUAUUCCCCCCCUCAUUCUACAGCGCCUCUGUGAAUUCCCAUCCAAGCUAUCGGAUAUGCCACGGAACCUCUACUUUCGCUCGCUAGAAUCAUCCCUACUCGCGCUAUGUGCUCUUUCCACCGCUUAUGACCCUGCGCGCGUAAUGAUUUCCGAAUACCGGCCAUGCGAACGUCCACAAGAGAGGCAAUAUAUGUUGCCCCAGCUUAAAUAUUGGCUGCGGAGUCAUAGCUACGGUGUCAGAGCAGCUGCGUGUCAAUUGAUUCGCGCGCUGAGCAGAACUGUGGCUUUGCUACGAACAGAUAUACUGGACGAAGAAUUAGGAACAGACAUAAUCGCAGUGUUGAGGCGAGAGCUCAUCAUGGAGAAGAGUCAGAGAAAGAACCUCAUGGGGGAGGCUGCUUGGAUCGUGGAAGUGUCUGCCACUGCAGUACUGUGCAAUAUGGUAACGGACUUUUCACCGUUUCGUUCGGUAUUAGUGCAAGAUGGGACCCUCCGACUGCUUGUGGGGCUCACAAAAUCCGAACAUCAACCUCUGGCACUCAACGCGCUUUGGGCCAUCAAAAACCUCAUGUUUCACUCUGACCUCAUAGCCAAAAGGGAUGUCAUAUCACACUUCGGGCAUGAUUGGCUUUUGGAUCUUUGUUCCGAAAAGUCGCCAGACUCGAUCAGAGUACAAGGUCUCGAGAUCAUGCAGAACAUCCUGGCUGAAGAGUGCCCUUCUACUGUAAGCCGGCUCGCCAAUGAUCUGGGCGGAGUCGGCGGCUUGCAGACACUACUUGACCUUUUGGAGGCAUGUAUGACAGGCAAGCCAGCUUUCGAUGGCCAAGCUACCACAUCAGCUGUCAGUCCAAUCAAUGAUGGCAGUGUCGCCAUGUGUAUUGACGAUACUCUUAGAGUCUCCGUGUGCUGUCCAAUUUAGCUCUAGGCGAUGCGACAACCAGGACCGAGAUACUCGACCGUGCUGCCGUCCUUCAGUGCCUCUCAACAAUAGUCACAGAAUCCCCUGACGUGAAUUUACAAGUCUCCGCCAUCACAACAUUUCAGCAUUUGAUAGAGUCCUCUACCAGGCCACAUACGCCUCGAGAUGCCGUAGUCGUUGCCUUGCAGUCCUAUCAGCUUGUGUUGCGCAUGCGAGCAUCGGCUGAGAAUUCCAAGAAAGUGGAUGUUGUAGACAAGGCGACGGCUGUACUGAAUCUACUGGGAAGAGAACGAUGAAGGGCAGCGACGGAAUGGGCAAACACAUGCAAUAUUCAUCAUAUA